AUGGAGGCACCGAUCCGCGUGCGACGCGUGGACUUCGACAUCAGCAGCGAGAACCACUACGUGAUCGUGAUUCACGGCACGUUCGACGCGCCGCCACCCGGCGGAGCGCCGACGUGGUACCAACCGCCGCCUGCCGGCGAGCAGAAUUUCUGCCGGAAGCUCAGCCGGCUGCUCGCGCUCGGGCCGAUCGGGCAGGACGCGGUCUGGCGCGACUUGCCGUGCUCCGCGCUCCCGGGAAUUCCGUACCCGUUCCACUGGGACGGCUCGAACACUCAUGCGGGGCGCGUAACGGCGGCGAUGAAGCUGCACAACCUGAUCGACCAGAUCGCGCAGAAUGACCCAGCGGCGCGGAUCCACCUGGUGGCGCACUCGCACGGCGGGAACGUGCUGCUCAAGACGAUCGAACUGUACAUGGCUAAGCUGGCGCGGCGCCCCAAGGCGGAGUGGCACCCGGCGGUGGCGCAGCGGUUCUGGGCGGCGCACCGGCGCAGCUACGAUUUAAUCAAGAAGUGGCGGCGGCUGGAGUUGUACGAUUCGUGGUGGCGCUUCUUCCCCUUCCUCGUCGUGUACCGAGGGUUCAACGGGCAGAGGGUGAGCGGCGUGAAGGAGACCUACCCAUGGGCACUCCACCAGUGGCUCGACUCCCUCCUGGACCUCCCAUCCGUGCGCCAGCGCCGCUUCCUCUCCUUCCGCCAGGCCACGUCCCCCGUGACCAACGCCCUCGGCUCUCUGGUGUUCCUGGGCACGCCGUUUUACAUCAAGAAGUGGCAGCGCCACGGCUUCGUGCGCAUGCUGCUGUCCGUGGGGGUGGGCGUGCUGCUCACGUAUCUCUUCAUUCUCGCGUACACGGCGCUGUGGGAGCUGCUCGUGCUGCUCAUGGCUGGCCGCCCGCAAGAGUUUUACGCGGAGUCCGGCCCUCACUUCAUCCUCCUUCUCAACUUCCCCAUCGCCACGGGCAUCAUGCUGCUCGUUCUCGUCAAGCAGAUCAUGGAUGCCACAGGCAACACGGUGCUGUACAGCGGCAACCUCUACCACAACCCGGCCUUCGACUGGUCGCCUGCCAUGUCCGCCCUCGUCAUUCACGCCGGCAAGCUUGAUGAGGCGAGCCUCGCGCUAUCCAUGGAGCCAAUCACGCGAGCCUACGUCUUCCCGCACCUGACAAAACUCCUGAAGCAGCCCCCCUGGGCGCCGCUCCCCAAGGCCCCCACACGCUACGCCCCCCAGCGCGUGUGGUGGGCAUACCUGUGUCACUGCAUGGUCGUGCUCGUGUGGGACAUUCUCUUCUUCCUCCCUGCAGCCGUCUUGUCUCUCUUCUCGCACCUCAUCGCGCCGCUGGUGACCAGGUGGAUUCAGCAGGCUGUGGUGGCGGUCAGCUUUGGGCUGUCUCCAGGGGAUUUGAGUUAUGCAUACGUUUAUGUGGACGAGAAUCUCGACAUGGAGCUGGCUACACAGCAAGUCGACCACUGGAACGUGCAGAAACUGCUGGCAGAGGCGAAGACCAAGUCACUCAAGGGAGAGCUCAUGCCCGGCUAUGAGGACGACACCGUGGAGCAACCUGAUUGGCUGGAGCCAGUUCUCUUCCUCACUCUCUACCACCCCUUCCCCGUUGCUCUCCUCCCCAUCUCCCCAUCUCCCUCUCUCCCUCUCUCCCCCCCCCCCCCCUCCCCCCUUCAGAAACUGCUGGCGGAGGCGAAGACCAAGUCACUGAAAGGAGAGCUCAUGCCCGGCUAUGAGGACGACACCGUGGAGCAACCUGAUUGGCUGGAGCCGUCCCCCGCGGCCCAUCACCGUGACCGCACGCCUGUUUUUGACAGCAGCAGCACCAGCACUGCCACUGCGCAUCAGCAGCCCGAGUGGCUCAAGCUCCCCCCCGCUGCUGCUGUGCAACCCCUCUCGUGCGAGGAGGGUAGUGGAAGUGGGGAGGGUGGCGGAAACGAGGGGGCUGCUGCGGUGAGGAAGAACACUCACAGCGUGUUCCGGAGGCGACGGGGGGCGCGAGGGCUGCUGCUGAGGCGGACAGGCAAUGCGCGGAGCAAGGAGGGCGGCAAGGGGGGUCGGCUUGGGUGCCUGGCAGGCGGGACAGAAACGGGUGAGGGAGAAGGGGAUGGGGACGGGGAGAGUGACAAUGCAGCUGAGAUAGUUACAUCUGGACCUGGUCCUGUUGCAUCCGGUGCUCCAUCUGGUGCUGCCCCCACUCCUGCUGGCCCCGGUCCUGCCAGUACAAGCACUGCCAGGGACCCGCGUGAGAAGCUGGCCUUUGAGUUCCUCUGGGACGACCGGGAGCUCUCCCACCUAGCAGAGCAGUCGCAGACGUUCCAGCGCCUCAAGUCCCAGCUCCCCACCAUGGGUCGCAACCCUCGGUUGAGCGACCGAGAGUUUGAGCGACAGUUGCAGCAGCUGUGUGUGAUGAUCGAGGAGCGUGUGGGGGAGAUUACAGGGCGGUGUGAUUUGAAUCACGGGGCGUAUUUCCGGGAUCCGAGGAUUUUGAGAGUGGUCGCACAUUUUAUUGAGAAGCGGGAGCUUCCGGAGUGGUCUAAGAAUGUGGACGGGGAUAUAUGGCGGUGGAAUGAGCAUUUGAAUGAGGUGCACUCGCUGCAGCUGCUGCAGAUGUCACAGGGAGGGCGGGGAGUGGGAGGUGAUGGAGGGGUGGAAGGCAGUGGGGCGUCUAUUUGUCCAGAGUGUAAAGGUGCUUCUGCUAAGCUGAAAACGCUCUUUAGGAGUAUCCGGGGGGGGAGUCAGAGGGAAGGGGGCCAGAGGGAGGGCGGAGGGCACGGGUUUUUGAGCGGCCAUGCAGUGCAUUUUCCGCACAUGCCUGAUUUCGCCAGUGGCGCACGGACCUUGCAUCUACCGCACAUGCCUGACUUGGCCAGUGGUGCACGGACCUUGCAUCUUCCACACAUGCCUGAUUUUGCCAGCUUUGGGCAUCACAAGAGCAAGGCAGUGGGAUUUGGCGCUCCUGCUGGUGCUGCUGGUGGCACUGCUGCUGCAGCUGCUGCUGCUGUUGCUGCUGCUGAUGCUGCUGCUGCUGCUGCUGCUGCUGCUGCUGCUGCUGCUGGUGGAGUUUCACGAACUCCUGACAGCCACACAGAGAGGGCGGGCAGCAGUGAGCAGCAGGCACGGCGGCUGAUGAUGCAGCGAUCAAUGCCGGUCUCCCAUAUGUGA